CCACUGUUUGCACAGUGGGAGUCGCCUACACUUGAUCUAACCCUGAACGUUAUCCCUAGCUUAAAGAGCUAGGAAAACAGCCUUCGUUUUAAAGACCUCCGUGACCCCGGAAGUAAAGGCGGCAGGACCGGGUCAAGAAGAAGGCGUUUCCGUUUCCGUACAGGAGCCAAGAUGGCGAAAGCCGGGGAGAUGAGCGGCGGUGAGAAGAAAACCUCCAAGAGGAAAGCGGGUGCCGAUGAUCGUCAGGAAGCCGCGGCCGCCGAGGAUGGGGCGGCGGACGGCGGGGCGCAGCCCCCGAAAGCCGCCGCCUUCCCGCCGGGCUUCAGCAUCUCAGAGAUUAAGAACAAGCAGCGGCGACACUUGAUGUUCACGCGGUGGAAGCAGCAGCAGCGGAAGGAAAAGUUGGCAGCUAAGAAAAAACUUAAAAAAGAGAGAGAGGCUCUUGGUGAUAAGGCUCCGCCAAAGCCUGUCCCUAAGACCAUUGACAACCAACGAGUCCAUGACGAAACCACAGUAGACCCUAACGAUGAAGAGGUUGCUUAUGAUGAAGCUACAGAUGAAUUUGCUUCUUACUUCAACAGACAAACAUCUCCCAAGAUUCUCAUUACAACAUCAGAUAGGCCUCAUGGGAGAACAGUACGACUCUGCGAGCAGCUUUCUACGGUUAUACCAGACUCGCAUGUGUACUAUAGACGAGGACUGGCUUUGAAGAAAAUUAUUCCACAGUGCAUCGCAAGAGAUUUCACAGAUCUGAUCGUUAUUAAUGAAGAUCGCAAAACGCCAAAUGGACUUAUUUUGAGUCACUUGCCAAAUGGUCCAACUGCUCAUUUUAAAAUGAGCAGUGUUCGUCUUCGUAAAGAAAUUAAGAGAAGAGGCAAAGACCCCACGGGACAUGUACCUGAGAUAAUUCUGAACAAUUUUACAACGCGGCUAGGUCAUUCGAUUGGACGUAUGUUUGCAUCUCUCUUUCCCCAUAAUCCUCAAUUUAUUGGAAGGCAGGUUGCCACAUUCCACAAUCAGAGGGAUUACAUCUUCUUCAGGUUUCACAGAUACAUAUUCAAGAGUGAAAAGAAAGUGGGAAUUCAGGAACUUGGACCACGUUUUACCUUAAAAUUACGAUCUCUUCAGAAAGGAACCUUUGAUUCUAAAUAUGGAGAGUAUGAGUGGGUCCAUAAGCCACGGGAAAUGGAUACAAGUCGAAGAAAAUUCCAUUUGUAAAGUACUUGGGAAUAGUAUCGGAUUUUCCUGGAUGGGCCUAACUUGAAGAACUUGGUAAAUUAUUUGUAACAAAAACACCCUUUUCAAAAUGGAAUUUAUUGAUUUUAUAAAUCUUGUAUUUGAACAGACCACCACAUACCAUGGUUUGCCACUCUUUGUAGCAAACAUAAAUAAAUAUAAUUUUGAUGAGGGUCUAAAA